GGCGCCGCGACCUCCGGGCCAUUUUGCAUCCUGCCGCACGCGACGAGCAAAGCUCGUGCAGCAAAAACCUGCAGUGCAAACAGUUCCUGUCGAUCGUACAGACACAGGACCCGAGCGCUCAGCACUCUCAUUCCGCUCACGCUGAAUAGAAAACACCACAGGAGAGAGAGCAUCUCCUCCGCGACGACGUCGACGCGCAAGACAAGCGAAAACAACUAGCACAAAACAUGGCCAGCUUCUCCCUCGAACCGAAAGCAUGGACCGGCGACGGCGCCGACCUCAAGGACUCGAACAUGGCCCUGGUCGGGAGCGAGCUCGACAAAAUAGCAAGAAAGUCCGCCGCCGAGAAGGAGGCCGCCUGGGUUUCUUGUGGCAAGGCCCCGGGCAUUGAAGUGUGGCGCAUCGAGAACUUCCAGGUCAAAGCCUGGCCCGCCGAGCGCCACGGCGCGUUCCACACGGGCGAUUCGUAUAUAGUACUGAAAACCACAAAAAUAGAAAGCAAGCUGACCUGGGACAUCCAUUUUUGGUUGGGGAGUACCACCAGUCAAGACGAGAUGGGCACGGCGGCCUACAAGACCGUGGAGCUUGACGAUUAUUUCGACCAAGCCGCGAUCCAACACAGAGAAACGCAGGGCCACGAAUCUCUCCAAUUCACGAAGCUCUUCAAGGAGAUCACGUAUCUCGAAGGUGGAAUAGAUAGCGGCUUCCACCACGUGGAAGGCGGGACGCAGAUAAAAAAAUUAUUCCGAGUGAGGAAGACGAAGCAUACUGUUAGAGUGGCCGAGGUGCCCUGCACCCGUAAGUCGUUGAACCAGGGCGACUGCUUUUUAUUGGAUUUGGGCGAUACGCUCUACCCGUGGUUCGGCGAGGACGCGUCGCCGUUUGAAAGGGCCAAGUGCGGCACGCGCGCGCACAACGUGGCGAUCUCGCGCCACGGUCAUUGUAAGGUGAAGGAGGCGCCGGACGCGGCUUUUUGGAGUGCGUUAGGCGGCGAAGGGCCCAUCGCGCCGGCUUCUGAAGCUCCAGCCCCAGAAAAAGAAGAGGUCGGCGAAGGCGUCCUCUACAAGCUCUCGGACGCCUCUGGGGCGUUGACGUGCACGGAGGCGAAGCGCGGCGACAUCAAGGUCACGGACCUCGACUCGAACGACGUCUUCAUCCUGGACGCGGGCCGCGAGAUUUUUGUCUGGGUCGGGUCCAAGGCGUCGGACGCGGAGCGGCGCAACGCCAUGCCGACGGCCCAGGCCUACCUCCACGCGAACGACAAGCCCAUCCACACGGCGGUCCACUGCGUCAACGAGGGCACGCCGUUCAACAACGAGGUGUGGGCCGCGAUCAUGAAGUAGGCGCGCGCGUUUCUUAAUUAGUAGAUGCAC